GCUGGGGCGCUCGCUGGCUGGCUGGCUGGCCGGCCGCUACCGCAGCAGGCGCAAUGAGCGCUCCACGGUGGCGGCGGCGGCGGCUGCAACAGCAGCAACAGCAGCAGGAGCAGCUCCUGGCUCCAGGGCUCGGCGGCUGCUCGCCCGCUCGCUCCAUGCCUCUCCUCCAUUGCGGAAGUGUGAUUGCUCCCGGGGCAGCCUCGGACUGAGCCGUCGCCCUGCGCGCCCGCUUGCCCUCCCGCCGCGCUCUGGAUGCUACUUCUGCCGGCCCCCUCGGCGGCGGUGCGGGCGGCGGGGGCAGUAAUAUGCUCACGCGGGUGAAGUCUGCCGUGGCCAAUUUCAUGGGGGGGAUCAUGGCUGGCAGCUCGGGCUCGGAGCACGGCGGCAGCGCCUCGGACCUGCCCCUCCACAAUGAUGCAGCGAGCAGAAUAAAUGGCGCCAGAAACAAAACUUACAACAGGAACGGCCAGCACAUCACCGCCGGCUACCAGACUGGAAGCAACUACAAACUUUCCCAAAUCGAUUGCUGCAGCUUUACGCCCUCUACAGGACCAGAUGACCACCUUAGCGACAAGCUGUAUACGUUGCAAAAGGAACUCAAAAUUUCACGCCAGCUGGCAGAAAUGGAAAAGAAAGUGGAGCAUGUAACUGAGAAAAUUAUAGAGAUGGACACCGCAAGUGAGAAGUGUGGUGCCCUUGCUAUGGAGCUACCCAAGAGUAAAGGCAGUGCCUCUGGCAACAGGAGUGCCCAUCUGGCCAUUAUAGUUGGACAGGCUGUUGAGUUAACAGCAUGGGUGAUCAAUGCAGGAAAAAGUACACACAAUGAAGACCAGGCCAGUUGUGAAGUAAUUACUGUAAAGAAGAAAGCAGGAGUAACAAAUUCUACACCAAACAAAACUGUAUCUACCAAGCGGAGGUCAUCAUUGCCAAAUGGGGAAGGGUUACAACUAAAAGAGAAUGCUGAAUCAGAUGGCAUCUCUUUCUACUACUGGUCAUUAUUUGAUGGGCACGCAGGAUCUGGAGCAGCUGUUGUAGCAUCAAAAGUGCUUCAGCACCACAUUGCGGAGCAACUCCAGGAAAUUGUGGAUAUCCUGAAAAACUCUGCUGUCCCUCCCCCAACCUGCUUGGGGGAGGACCCAGAGAGCAUGAAUACAAACAACAGAACUCUAACCAGGGCUGCCUCCUUACGUGGGAGUGUUGGAGCUCCAGGAUCACCUGGCACCCCACCAACUCGUUUCUUUACAGAGAAGAAGGUCUCCCACGAGUGCCUUGUUAUAGGAGCCAUCGAAACAGCAUUCAGGGAAAUGGAUUUACAGAUAGAGCGAGAAAGGACUGUGUACAAUAUAUCUGGAGGUUGCACGGCCCUUGUUGUGGUGUAUUUAUUAGGAAAGCUCUACGUGGCAAAUGCUGGUGAUAGCAGGGCCAUAAUAAUCCGAAAUGGAGAAAUUAUUCCGAUGUCUUCAGAAUUCACUCCAGAAACAGAGCGUCAGCGUCUUCAGUAUCUGGCCUACAUGCAGCCCCAUCUGUUGGGAAAUGAGUUUACACACUUUGAGUUUCCAAGGAGGGUUCAACGUAAGGAAGUUGGAAAAAGAAUGCUUUACAGAGAUUUUAACAUGACUGGCUGGGCAUACAAAACCAUUGAAGAAGAUGACUUGAAAUUUCCCCUUAUAUACGGAGAAGGCAAGAAGGCUCGUGUCAUGGCAACUAUUGGGGUUACAAGAGGACUUGGCGACCACGACCUGAAGGUGCAUGACUCAAACAUCUACAUCAAGCCUUUUUUGUCUUCAUCUCCAGAGCUGAGAGUGUAUGAUCUUCUCCAGUAUAGGCAUGGCCCGGAUGAUGUCUUGAUUUUAGCUACAGAUGGACUUUGGGAUGUACUAUUAAAUGAAGAAGUGGCAGAAGCGGUGACUAAUUUCCUACCAAACUGUGACCCUGAUGACCCCCACAGGUACACGUUAGCAGCUCAGGAUCUGGUAAUGCGAGCCAGGGGAGUGCUGAAAGACAGAGGCUGGAGAAUAUCCAAUGACAGACUGGGCUCAGGAGACGACAUUUCUGUCUACGUCAUCCCUUUAAUACAUGGGAACAAACUGUCAUAAAAGAAGCACCAAAAGAAGACAGGCUGCUAAAACAUAACAGCAAUUUUGGAUAUGUUCUAUUCUAAACCUGGCUGGAUGGGGAACAUUUCUACCUUAAUUAUGGGGGCUAAAUUGUAUAUGAUUAAAAGUAUCUCAUAAGAGUUGCAGCUUCCCUGUGUUAGUGUCUUUUGAUGCAUAUCAGGGGCAGAACUUCAAUGCUGCUAGUGUAUUAGUGAUUCCUUUUUAAUAUUCCUCCUGGUGAGGACCCUGUUGUGAUCUGAUAAAUUCCUUUAUCUUUUCCAGUUCAAUGUAGCCUGAAAAUGUCUCCUGGAUGUGAAGUGGAAACUAGUAAAGUAGCCAGUC